GUCGUUCUCUGCCACCUCUGCUACCUCCGCUACCUCUCUGUCGCUAUCGUUCUCGCGAACGAGCGUUCCGACCCCAAGAUCGGUUAAAUAAAACGAUUGAAAAUGGAUCCAUAUGAAGAGGAUGUUAUGGAGCAAAAUCAAUGUGGAAACUACAAAUAUCAGUGGACUGUUCAAACAACAAAACUUCUAAUAGAAAAAGUGAGAAAUCAUAUGGGAAUGUUGAGUAAUAAAAAUUGUAUGCAAAAAAAAGUAUGGAAAAAAAUAGCAAAUAAAUUUAUUGAAAGAGGAUAUAAUGUAACAGAGGAACAAUGUUCUGUUAAAUGGAAGAAUUUGAAGCGCAGAUAUAAAAAUGUUCGUGAUCUUAAUAAUCAAACUGGCGGAGCUACAGAAUCUUGGGAAUAUUAUGAUCUCAUUGACGCUUUCAUUAAUGCCAAACCCGAAAUAGCACCUGUAUCAGUUGCUUCUAGUACACAUGGAUUUAGAAUAAGGCAACCAAGUCCACCUACACAGGAAAUUGGAGAUUCUACCGACGAAAACUCUGCAGCAGCGGCCAAUACUUCUUAUAACACAGGACGCAAUAUUAGGAAACGCCGAAGAAGUGAUGAACCUACAUGGGUCAAAACACUUUACGAACAAAGAAAAGUUCAUCAUGAGGAUAACGUAAAAAUAAAAAAUGAAUUUUUGGAGUUAUUUAAAAAAUAUGUGCAAAAGGAAAAUGUACAGGAAAACGUACAGAAAGACGUACAAGAAAAAAAGUAAAAGUAUGGCACACGAAGAUACCUACUUGUGUACCGAUUUCCAUUCAUAGAAUGUACUACAGAAAUCUCAAAAUGCAGCUAAUUUCAGAUGGGUAUUUGUGCAUUAUGUCACCAGUGUACGUCUGCAUUAAGUAAGAAAGUAUAAAUUAGUUUUUGUAAUUAACUAUAACAAAAACUGUGAUUGAUAAGUAUUUUUAAGAAUAACAGAAAAA